AUUUCUGGAUCCAGCCUACGAAUCCUUUGCCACGAUAUGAGAAAUCUGCCGGGUACAGGUUUAUUAUCUUUUGAAGCUGGGCUGCCGCCUUUUUGGUAUCUCAACCAUGAGUCUACAUCAUCUAGGAAUUGCGCACUUCCCAGUGCUGCAUCAGCAAUUCUCUUCCCCCACGGCUUCAGCAUCUCCUCCGGUUCAAGAUGUGACGCAAGAUAACAUGGACGUUCUCCUCGAAAGACUCAACGACUUGGUUCUUCGUAUAUCAGAGAACACGAGUAGUUCCCUAGAUGAUAGAACUGUCACGGCCAUCCACUCCGAGGUGGACCGCAUCGAGGUCCUCGUCAAAAAAGGAGAGAAGCAUCAGCAGUCGGGUCACGUGAGGGGUAAAGACUCGAGGGAGUCGAAAGGGCCUACGGAUGCUGGGGAUGAUGUCUUUUGGGGUCCACUGACUCCGACUCGAAAGGUCAAGAUGCGUCUCCCGGGCACUUCAGCAAAUCCAUCCCUCUCAUCUCCUCGGAACGCCCCCCGUGUGCCCACGUCCCGAGCUGUUGAGAUCGCCGGUGCAGCUGAAGAGCUUGCUUCAAGUUUAGCAACUACUGUUGCAGAGCUCCAGACCAGGAUACAGGAAUCAGACCAUAUACACGAUUUGCUUAUCACGAGGGCGGAAAAGGCUGCUCAGCGGAUUAUUUAUCUAGAAGACAGAAUUGCGGAGAUCAGGGAAGACUGUCUCGAGGCCAAUCAGUCGGAGCUCAGAUUUCUCCGUAUCCAGCUCCAGGCCAUCGAAGCCCAAUGCUCGGUGUACAUCCCGCGCGACACAGAUGAGGAACUUAUGCGAAGUAUCAGGAAUUGGAAGAUUGACUGGGAGGAUAUUGAUAGGCGUUCAAAGGCUCGGAGAACGAAAAACAAUUCACCAUUGGCCACCGUGGGCUAUUCUCGGUCACCAGGUGGCUCCUGAGGCUCUGUGUGCAAAAAGUAUUUGCCCGGCUAUCUAUGUUUGGAAAUUUACUCGUUGAUUCAAGAGGGCUAGAUCACGCUUCAUUCAGCCGUGGGCGGGGAUAGAAACAGACUAUGAUCCAAUUUCCAGCGACACAGGACGUUAUUAUCUCGCCAACAAUAGGCUUUCAGAUCUCUGAUUUAUCUUGUUCUGAGACAAGAGAUGGUUUCCUGAUAAGAGGUAGGCUGGCAUACUAGUAGAAGGGCAACGUCCAUGGAGAAGUGAAGGAAUCCGUGACGGAAUUGAGACAGCUGGGCACACCUGCGCAUCAAGAA